AUGACUAAAACUAGAGGCGGCAUCAUUAAGCGAUCUAGUCCUAAUGCUUCUAAAAACAAGAAAAGAAAGGCUGAAGAAGUUUCAAAAGCUUUAAAAAAGAAAAAAAAUGUUGUGGAAGAACAUGAGUCAAACUCUGAUUCUGAUACAAUGGCCGAGAUUGACAAUUACCAGGACAGUAGUGCCCAGUCUAGUGAUGAUGCUGAAUCUAGUAAUGAUAAAAGUGACAGUGAAGAUGAGAGUAGUAGAGAUACCCAAACAGGUGAUGAGGAUGAAGAUCCCCUGUCUUUGCCAAUUUGUGCAAGAGACAUUUCUAUUGAUGAAUACUUUGUUGAAGAAGUUGAUGAAGUUGUAGAAAAGAUUAAGGAAGAGGAGAUGAAAGAAGAAGAAAAAGAACAAGUUGAUGAGAAGAUGACAGAAAAAAAAGGAGAAGCUGGAGGAGAAUGA